AUGGCCCACAGAAACAUUCGUGGCCCCUUCUCUCCCUGUCACCCUCCCUUCUCUCGUGCCCACAUCAUGUCGCGCAGAGAGGCGAUGGCAGCCAAGGACGCCGCCACUGCAGUCCCUGAGCUGGGCCUAAUCGACACCAUGCUGAAAGAACUCGCGGAGUACCCGGGAAGGUCGCAUUCCUCUAACAAUGAGUUCAAAGAGCUGCAGGAGGUCGACAUGACAUUGGUGCAGGCGACCAUGCACCGCACCUUGAUCACCAUCCGUACGCGCUACAUUGAGUGCGGCGAUGACUUCAGUGGCGGCCCACAACAACAUCUCGGGGCCUUCCUAGCCAUGCUCAGUAAGUCUCGAAAAGUCACGGUGGAUGGCGUGGACAAGGAGGGGCGGCCACGAAAACAUAGCUUCGAGCUGCACGAGGAGGCAUUGAUGGGCUACAGCAAGACCCUCGAUGACUUGCAGUCGUGCCUCGACGUCUGCCGCCGCCACGCCAAGUCAACGCUCAGCCACCUCCAGUCGAGGCUGGGGGAUCUCGAUAGCCUGAACGGUGUCAGGCUUUUUAUGCCAGACACGUACCCUGAUGACAAGGAGAGACGCGCUGAGGAGUGCCUCGAGCACUUCGAGACUCUCGUCGACUUGUUCCAUGCCUGCGAGCGAGCAAACAUUCUCCCAGGUGUGGACAAGCGUGCUGCCAAGAGGGAACUGAGGAUAUUCCGCAACAGCAAGAAGAGGAGGCCUAUUAGGAGAAGGGAGAAGCAGAUGCACAAGCCAGUGAGUGCGGAGGGAAAGGGGAACGUGUUGGAGGAUGGACAAGAAGUGGAUACCGAACAUGGCAGCAGCAGCAGCAAUGAAAGUCGGUUUAGUAGCAGCAGCGAUGAUGAUGAUGAGGAGGAGGAGGGCUAA